UAUAUUAGUUCACAUCAAGAGUACGUCUUUGCGGUGACACCUCCGAUAUGAUUUGGAUACUCAUUGUUUCCCAAUUCUUAUUGGGUUUUUCAGCCAAUGCAAAUAUUGUAAAGAAACAUUGUCAACUGAUUGAAGAGUACAAGCAAUUUCAGACUACCAUGGACACAUACCUGGCUUCAAGUGACGACAUCUGUCACGGCGAAUCUGAUAACUACACUGAUUGCGCAGGCAUUUUGAAGGAGUAUCCCAAUGCUGGAGAUGGUGUGUACAGAAUACAACCGUCAGACGAACAAGGCUCGUUCAAAGCGUACUGUGACAUGACCCAACAUGGGGGUGGUUGGCUGGUGAUACAGCGGAGAGUGGAUGGUUUGGUGGAUUUCUACAGGACUUGGUUUGAGUACAUGGACGGCUUUGGCAAUCUCACUGGGGAGUUCUGGCUUGGUAACGAGAAGAUACACCGUCUAACCAGCCAGAAAACAUACGAACUACGAGUUGACCUCAAGUUUACAGACGGGGAGACUGUCUAUGCCCGUUACGACAACUUCCGACUUGGCAAUAUGUCGUCCUUCUACACCCUUGCUGUCAGUGGAUUCACGGGCAAUUCAGGUGACUAUAUGAAUUAUCAUAAUUCCAUGCGCUUCAGUGCUAAAAACCUGGACUUGGACCUACAUCAGACAGAACACUGUGCUGUGGUGUAUCACGGAGCAUGGUGGCAUAAUGGCUGUCAUCUUUCCAACCUCAACGGUAUUUACAACGAAACCACAGCAAGAGGAAUGAGAUGGGGGUCCAGCAAGUUCUGCAUCCAUACAAGUAUGAAAAUUCGCCCGCAACACAGACAUGAGGAAGAAUAACUGCAUGCGAGGCUCGAUGUUGUAUUGUUAUGAUUGUUCUUUAGAGCUUGUGCAGGAUUUAGACAUUAAAAUGGGACUAUCCUCAUUGGUACUAUGUCAAUUCCAAGGCUAGGUCUUCACGUUGCAGACCGCCACUAUGGUGUAAUGGAUAUAGGGUCUGCAUUGAAAGCGGAAGGUAGGUGGCUCCAUCCGCGAGCCGCGUCAUAGCAAACGAGGUUAAAAGAUUAUAUUAAAUUUUGUUGUUACCCUGUCUGACGUUAAGUAUUAAUGGGAUAAAACAAGAACUGAUCGGCUUGUAAUCAGUAUACUGUGUCUGAGUGUGGUGUCAGUGGUGAUCAGCUUGAAUCAAUCUUGCUGAUCCUGCUAAUUUAUCCGAGCGUUGUCCCACUUGAAUCACAACACACCUAAAAUAUUAUUCACUCUGUUACAAACAGUCCACAUAGACACUAAACUGUUGAUUGUUAGACGAUGAAUGAGUGUGUAUGAAUUGAAUAACCGCAUUAACUUAACUUCAUGAUUUUGUAUGUAUUCAUAAAACAUAAAAUAAAUAUAUUUCCCUAAGUGCUCA